CCACCAUGCCCAACACAAUCCCCAUCGCUGCCCCCAAGAUAUCCAGAACCCCCCGGAAGAGGUCCAAAACAGGAUGUCGAACCUGCCGUGCCCGUCGUGUGAAAUGCGAUGAAACCCCCGGGGCCUGCAUCAGAUGUACCUCGACGGGCCGCAAAUGCGAUGGAUACGAUGUGCACCGGCUCCCCCUCCGGAAGCCCACGUUUCUGAUCCCGCCCAACCCCCUCAUGCGCUACUGCGGGCCGAUGGGCCCCGACGAGAGGCGAGGCUUUUCUUAUUUCCGACAACGCGUCGUGCCUGGUCUGGUCGGCUUCUUUGACUCCCCCCUCUGGCAGAGACACGUCCUGCAGAUGAGCCAGGCCGAGCCCGCCGUCUGCCAUGCCGUCAACAUGCUCAGUGCCAUCUACCAGGACGCCGAGGCCAAUCGCAUGACCCUGACCGGGGACAACCUGGGCAAUGCGCAGCACGCCUACGCCCUCGAGCAGGCCUCGCGGUCCUUCGCCCUGCUGAGCAAACGCCGCGCCUCCUCGGACCCCCAGCUGCGCCAAGUCACCCUGCUGUGCUGCCUCCUCUUUGUCCUGUCGGAGUUGCUUCUGGGGCGCUACGACAGUGCCUUCGUGCACCUGCGCAAUGGGAUGCAGAUAGUGAGAUAUUCUCAGCACCGGGGGGAGCGCGAGUUACCCUUCAUGCGGCCCCUGGUCGACGCCCUGAUCUAUCUGCAUGUGCAGUCCGCCCACUUUGUCAGCGUGGACGUGCGCGAUGCGCUGGCACCCGAGCAGACGCCGUCCAGCUUCCUUUCCACCUUCCAUACCGUGGAGGAUGCCCGGCAGACGAUCAAUCAGAUUCUGAAAAACACCAGCCCAUUUCUCGCCUACUGCUGGCGACUCUCCGAGGCCGAAAAGACGGCGCAGCAGGGGGAGCUGUGGCGGAGGCAACAGGAACUCCUCUUCCUGCUGGACCUAUUCAAUGACCAGCUCACCAUCUUCCACGCGGUAUCGCACCGCACCCUGACCCCCAAGGAUCAGCGGGGAGCGGAGAUGGUCCGGUUACAAUAUCUAUCGCAGCGCCUCGCCGUCGAGGACAGUCUGACCGCGGAGCAGGAUCUCCCGUCGCUGACCCCCCAGCACCUGGCCGUUCUGUCGGCCUGUGAGGCCCUCAUGGAGCGGUUUCCAGAGCGCCCGGCCUUCACCAUCGACCUCGGCUUCAUUCAGGGUCUGCACACGGUGGCCACCAAAUGUGCGGAUCUGCGCGUCCGCGUCCGGGCCGUUCAGGCCUUGCACGCCUGGCCGCACUGCGAAGGCAUCCUGAACACCAGUGUAUCCGUGGCGCUGGCGACCCGGACCCUGAAGACGGACCUGCAGCGGAGACAGCUGGGGAUAACCGAUAUACCGACGGCCGGGGACGAGGACCGGUUCCUGAUGAAGCUUCUUACGUCGACGCAGUUCGGACCGGACUGGUCCACCGUCCGCGAUGCGAAGAUCCAGCUGGAUGACAGCAGCUCCACCGACGGCAACACUCCGUUGUCAUUUCGCUUGUCUCCCCCUCCCCCGCCGUCGACAGUUAUCUCUCCCGGGGGGGGGGGGGAACCUCUUAUAUUACGACACGCUCUGACGGAUGGGACUUGCGCGAGCCCGUGA